AUGGCUCCUGCUACCACCAAGACGGCCACUCCCAAGGGCAAAGCUACCGGAGCUGGAGUCAAGAAGGCAGGACGACCGGCGGGACGCAAGGGCAAAGCCAGGACAGCAAUGGCUAAGAUGCAAGCUUACUUCAAGGAGAAUCGUUCCAAGUACAAGAGCCUCGACUUCAAGGAUCAGCAGAAGAAGCUCGGGGAGGACUGGAAGAAGAGCUCAGAGAACCCCAAGAAUCAGGCUUAA